AUGGAGGGCCUCCCGGCUGACCACGGCCCCGCCACGCGCGCCAGCGGCCUCCCCGCGGCUGCGCAGGAACCAUCCAACCAGAGCUCAACUCCGCGCCCCUACCCCGUGCCUGCAGCCCCCCGGCCCCCCGGCCCCCCGGCCCCCCGGCCAGCUCAGCCCCCCGGCCCCCCGGCCCCCCGGCCCCCCGGCCAGCUCAGCCCCCCGGCCAGCUCAGCCCCCCGGCCCCCCGGCCAGCUCAGCCCCCCGGCCCCCCGGCCAGCUCAGCCCCCCGGCCCCCCGGCCAGCUCAGCCCCCCGGCCAGCUCAGCCCCCCGGCCCCCCGGCCAGCUCAGCCCCCCGGCCCCCCGGCCAGCUCAGCCCGGGACCCCACGCACGCCCAGCGGAGGCCACACACCUACGCAAACGCGGCCUUUCCUUGCAGCCCCGGCUGCGUCACCGCCGCGGGCCCACCCGGCAAAGUUUGAAGCGGACGCCGAGCGGAGAGCGGGGUCCGCCGGGCGCACAGACCUCGGGAUGCCGGGGCGCGGCCUCCCCUUCCCUCCGCCGGGGCCCUCGGCACCCCCGGGAGGGCCGGACACCCCCACCCCCGCUCGCCGGGACCCCUGCUCACCGCUCGGCGCCGGCAGCAGGGCCGGUCACUGCUCGGCAGGCGUCGGCCGCCCCGGCCCCUCGGGCCCCGCGCCCCCGGCCCCGCUCCGCGCCCCCGCGACCUGGGCGAGCGCAGCUCGUGCACGCGCGGCCCGCAGGGCGGCCAGGAGCAUGCGCAGCUCGGUCAUACCGGGCCCGAGCCCCCACGGCCGGGUUGACCCUGCGCGGCGGCCCGGGCACCUCGGCCAAUCGGCUCUCGGGGGCGGGGCCGGGGGCGGGCCCAGGGCGCAGUUGGUGGGGCGGGGCGCCAGGGCCGCGGGGCGGGGCUUGA